CUCUCCCCGCCACCACCACCACAAUGACCACCGUACAGAAGAUCAAGGAAGUCGAAGAUGAGAUGGCCAGGACCCAAAAGAACAAGGCCACGAGCUACCAUCUGGGUCAGCUCAAGGCCAAGCUCGCAAAGCUCCGCCGCGAGCUGCUGGGUCCGCAGGGCGGCGGAGGCGGAGGCGGCGGUAUUGGCUUCGAUGUUGCCAGGACCGGUAUAGCUUCUGUCGGCUUCGUGGGCUUCCCGUCAGUUGGCAAGUCCACACUGAUGUCGAAACUCACGGGCACACACUCUGAAACGUCGGAGAUUGACUUCACCACCCUCACCACUGUACCUGGUACGGUCAAGGUGCACGGAGCACCGAUACAGAUCCUUGACCUACCUGGUAUUAUCGAAGGUGCAAACGAUGGUCGAGGUCGAGGUCGCCAAGUCAUUGCCGUUGCACGCACUUGCAAUCUCAUCUUCAUCGUACUGGACGUACUCAAGCCCCUCGGUGACAAGAAACUUAUCGAGGGAGAACUGGAGGCAUUCGGUAUCAGGCUCAAUAAACGGCCACCCAAUAUCACUGUCAAGAAGAAGGACAAGGGCGGGAUUGCGAUCACGAACACUGUGCCCCUAACGAACAUCGAUCACGACGAAAUCAAGGCGGUGUGCAGCGAAUACAAGCUGAGCAAUUGCGACGUUGCUAUCCGAGAACCAAAUGCGACGGCGGAUGAUUUAGUGGACAUGAUUGAGGGCAACAGAGUGUAUAUCCCAGCCAUCUACGUGCUCAACAAGAUCGACGCAAUCUCCAUAGAGGAACUGGAUCUGCUCUACAAAAUCCCGAACAGCGUCCCCGUAUCAUCUCGAGAAUGGAUGAACAUCGACGAGCUCAUCGACGUCAUGUGGAAACGACUCGAUCUUGUGCGGGUGUACACGAAGCCGCGCGGAGCACCACCAGACUACAGCUCCCCCGUCGUCCUUCGGCGAGGCAAGUCAUCAGUAGAUGACUUCUGUACUUCUAUCCAUAAGGAGAUCGCGAAGCAGAUGAAAUAUGCGAUUGUGUGGGGUUCGAGUGCGAAGCAUACGAGAGGACAGAAGGUCGGCCUCGAACACAUACUGGAGGACGAAGAUGUCGUUCACAUCGCGAAGUAGUCCCUGGAUCUGUACCACUGUUGUCGUAUUCGCACAUGUAUGUAGCUAUAGCUUCUGCAACACUGUUUCAUCUUGUAUUAGCA